UUUCGCGAGAAAUGUUGUGGAUUUCAAAGGUUUUAGCCAACUCAAGUAGCCACGGAAAGGCGUGUUGUUAACAAAACUGCGCUUAUCGAUUUUACAUUAGGUUUCAACGGGAACGUGUACGGUUUACAAAUUGUGCAGUUUUACAAUAAAUAAAAUUUGAAAAAUCUAACAAUAAUUGUCAAAAUUAUUUAAACAGCUUUUAUUGUAGCUAAUAAAAUUCUAAACAAAUCGACAACGAAAUAUCGUCAAUAAACCCACACGCUCAACUCAAGCGGUGUCUAGUCUGAGAUUAAUCUGUGAGAUACAUUAGCAUAAUAAAUGCCCAUUUUGUUGUUUUUGUUGUUGUUUCGAACACAAAAAAAUUAGAGCGGCAAAAUUUAAAUGUAGAACGCAUUUCCAAAUAGAGAUACUAACUUAAAUCAUCAAUAGUUGGGAAGUGCUUGACACUGACGAUUGAAGGGUCUAGUGACUGCAUCGAUUGAAUGCAAAUGUAAACUAAUAUAAUAAAAUUCUUCGACUUCAACUUCUCUCAUUUUCGCAAAUAUAUAAUAAAAAUUCUAGUGCAAUUUCAACUUUUUAGUGCAAUUUAUUUACUGAAAAUUAACACUGCAAUUGGUGCAAGAAUUUAUUUGUGAAAAAAACAAAAACGAAUUGCGAAAAACAACAAAUAACGAAGAAAAUUGCAUAAUAAUCUGUUAUUGUUGAGUUCGCAAAUAAUUGAAAAAAAUGUUCUACUUACGCCAACUACAAUUUAUUUUAAUAAUUUCCUGUAUAGGCGCAAACUUUGCGCAAUCAGAACGUGUCUCACCUGCAAAAGACACCGCUGCUGCUGCUGCUUCUGCCGCUGCCAUUUCAAUAUCAACAGCAGCCUCAGCCUUAGCUUCAGCCACUACAUCAGCAUCAGCACCAACAACAGCUUCAAAUAUUAUUCCAGGAAAAUAUCAUACCUACCCACAACAGCAACAGCAACAGCAACAUCAUCAACACCAACAACAGUCAAAGAAAUUGCUGUCGAUUGGAUUUGAUACGAGGUUUGGAAAACCAGUUGCAAAACAGAAUCCUAUCAAGAAUUGGUUCGGCGCAUUCAAUCGCAACAAUGGUCCACCAUCAACAGAAGCAACGCCGAGUACGUGCUCUUGCAGGUGUGGUGAACGCAAUGAUGAGUCACGAAUUGUUGGCGGCCAAACUGCAGGAGUCAGUGAAUAUCCGUGGAUGGCGCGUUUAAGUUACUUCAAUCGCUUCUAUUGCGGUGGAACGCUGAUCAAUGAUCGCUACGUGUUAACAGCUGCUCAUUGCGUUAAAGGCUUUAUGUGGUUCAUGAUCAAGGUCACGUUCGGUGAACACGAUCGUUGCAACGAUAAGGAACGCCCCGAAACACGAUUUGUAUUGCGCGCCUUUAGCCAGAAGUUCAGCUUUUCUAAUUUCGAUAAUGACAUUGCGCUAUUGCGUCUCAAUGAUCGUGUGCCCAUAACAAGUUUUAUCCGACCCAUUUGCUUGCCACGCCCAAUUGAACGCAGUGAUUUAUUUGUUGGUACAAAAGCAAUUGCUACAGGUUGGGGCACUCUAAAAGAAGACGGUAAACCCUCAUGUUUAUUGCAAGAAGUCGAAGUGCCAGUACUGGACAAUGACAUCUGUGUAGCUCAAACGAAUUACACUCAAAAAAUGAUCACUAAGAAUAUGAUGUGUGCUGGUUAUCCUGGUAAAGGUGAACGCGACUCUUGUCAAGGUGAUUCUGGUGGUCCGUUAGUUCGCAUGAGACCUGAUGAUAAGCGUUUCGAACAGAUUGGCAUUGUGUCGUGGGGAAAUGGUUGCGCAAGACCUAACUAUCCAGGUGUAUACACUCGAGUAACGAAAUAUUUAGACUGGAUAAUGGAAAAUUCUAAGGAUGGUUGUUUUUGUGACGAAGAUUUUUAAAUAUAUUAAGAAAAAAUAUUUUAAUUUAUAUUUAAAAAAAUGGAAU